GACUCUUCUUCUUCUCAUUCGUUUGACUUCCUAUAUUAAGACCCUUUAACUGUAAAAUAGUGUCAUUUCUCUGCUAUACAUACGACAAUAAACCAUUGCACUUAUUACCAAUAUCAAUAAGCCCUCUCUCUCUCCCUCCUCCCUUUCUCUCUCUCUACUGUGCCUUUUCUUCUUCCUCCUCCUCCAAUGAAUCUUCCAAUAUCAGAGCCAUCCCCUUCUGAAACUUCAACAAUCAUCUCUGCUUCAGAGUCUUCUCCAUCAUGUCCAAAGGGGGAUCCAACAACUGAUCAAAUUAACCUCAAUUCCCACCUGGGUUUGGAUCUCACCCUUUCUAACAACGAAUCCGAUCAUGGGUCGAACCCAGAACUCAAUCUAAUCCACAGUUUCGAUGCGAAUUUGGCAACAGAACCCACAGAUGGCCAAACAGAGCCGAGGGUUUUCUCUUGUAACUAUUGCCAGAGGAAAUUUUACAGUUCUCAAGCUCUUGGAGGGCACCAAAAUGCCCACAAGCGAGAGAGAACUUUGGCAAAGAGGACUCAACGGAUCGGGACGGGUUCUAACUUCGGGCUACCUCAUCGGUAUUCGAGUUUAGCUUCGCUUCCUCUUCAUGGGUCGUUAAGUAGGUCGCUUGGAAUUCAAGCUCAUUCCAUGGUUCAUAAGCCUUCUCUUCAUGUUUCGGCAAUUGGUUCAGCCGGAAUUUAUGGUCAUAGUGAGUGGUCAAGGAAGCCGCUCGAUCAACACCCGGCGAUUGGUCGGCUGAUGCAAGGAAAUUCCCAUGUCGGAAGUUUCAGAGGCAUUUCAUCGGACACUGGAGCUGCAAGGUUCGAGGGUGUGGGGAAAUUGUCUCCGGCGGCGGUCACAGAAGCCCCGCCGCCGCACGGAGGGUUCUGGUGGGGCAGUGGCGGUGGGGGCGGUGGUUUUAGUCAUCUGAAGAUGAAACCUAAACAAGAUGAACUGUUGAAACUUGACUUGUCCCUAAAGCUCUAAUCAGAAAGGGAACUUUCUUCAAUUUUUUCCAUCAUCUUCUUUAUCCAUUUUUUUAAAAUUUGAUGCUUUGUUCUAAGAUGGGAAUUGAUUUAGAUCCUUCUUGUUUUUUUCUUUUUUUUUUCAUUUCCUGUUUCCAAUACUUGAGAAGAUUGUCUCUGUAAAUAAUCCAUUUUGGCAACAGAAGAAGAACACAAAAGUAAACCUGUCGAAAGGGUAAUCCUUAAAAGAAAAUUCCCAUUCAUUACAUGGAAGGAAAAAAAAAAAAAAAACCAAUGUAUCUGUUGAAAUUACAUUGGAA